GUACCGAGAUGCACCACCAUGAGACGGACCAGUACAAUAGUGUGUGGUGAUGGAGCCCCCACGACCCACCACUGACGCCCCCCUGUCUCUCCUGAAGAUGGUGCUGACGGGGAGAGAGGUCGCCCCUUCUCUCAACACCCACCAGCUUGGUGAAGAUGUCGGAGUGAGGCUCGUGGCCAGCACCGACCACAGCCCCGCCACCACCACCGCCACUACCGCCGCCGCCUCGACCACCACCUGUGGGAGUGCCAGGUCUCUUCGUUACCGAGGGCAGACCUGUCUCCAACCUCACUCCCCCAGCCAUGAAGACCUGUCACCUGUAAACCCAUCCCUCGCCCCUGAUAGUUUCUCCCCCUACAAGACAAGCCCCCCAAGCCUCCUUCCAUACCCUCAUUCCCCCUCCAAGACACGCCUCCUAAGUCUCCUCCCAGACAGUACUUCCUCCCCCAAGACACAAGCAGUAAGUCGCACACCCGCUCCUGUAAUCAGACCUUCCUUCAGCGCCUCCUCCCCACCCCCGCCCCCCGUUGCUUCACGCAUCAUUCGACGUUUCGCACCGCACCGAGCCCUGCGGUACAGACCUAUUGGAGCUAUUAAGGUACCUCAACUAACCAGGGUGAGUGAGAACGUCCGCAGACUCUCCCCUGAACUUCGCCUCCAUCUCCAGGAGUCAUUACAACGACUCCAGCAGCAGCAGGCAGAGUCAGUGCUGAGUAAAGAACUUGUAUCUCCCGUACAAGGUGAAGACGAUGGCCCCAAGUUGGUAGAAGCCCAAGAACCGCCAGAACUCGAGCAAGAAGUGGACACUUGUGGAACACAUACCAGGUCUCCCCUCAAGACUCGCGCCAACAGCAUCACCAGCGAUUAUUUCAGCGACUCGGGCGAGACCACAUUCCCACAAACGCUACUACAAGACUGUGAAUUCGUUCUCAGUCUUGAUCUCGUUGACGAAGAAUCACAGAGUUCAAGGACUGAGUGUAGAUCGACCUCGAGAAGCACCCUGUGUGGCGAGUCGUCGUCGGCCUUACCUCUGGCUCAGUAUCCCCUACAGGCCGACGAGUCUCGUUUUCUCAGGGCGGAGAAUGGUAAUAUACGUUUUCUUCUGAGUGAUGCCGAGAGCGAUAGUAUCCCCUUAACCACGACGGAUAGAGAAAAUUGUACUUCAGCUGAGAAAUUCGAAGGGGGACUACAGCAAAAUCCCAUAGCCAAUCAUAGUGCCAAAAGGGACUUCCUUAAACUAGUACCUGAGACUAGAUUACGUACUGUGAAGUCUUUUCUUGGAUCUGAGCUUUCUCUUCAGCACACUUCUCUACCUGCAUGUCAGCCUCUCACCACUAGCUUAAACUCACCUUCCCUUACCCCUGCAAGUUUUAAUUUAGAGCCCCCGUGUCCCAGACCUCACCCCAGUGCCAAAGCCUGCCGUGGGCCAGACCCAGCGGCACCAUGGCACUCUUCAUAUAAGCCCCCAGAAGGAUCCCUCACAAGCACACCAGUUGACGACACAAGCAUCACCGAAAUGGACCACGAUAAAGGCUGUAGCAGCAUGAGCGGGCUUGUUCCGCUGAGUUUCUCGUUGUCUUCGCUGUCGGGGUCGUCUAGCCCAGCGCUAGAGUCUGUCUACCCCGCGAGGACGCCCGGAGAGCUCCACACCAACUCCCUCAACAGACGCAAGUCUAAGAGGAGCAAUGACCGUGAGGAAGCCCGAAGGUCCUGGGGCCCUGCAGAUAAAGAAGAGGGCAACAGGGACUUCUGGGCCUCCAUCCAGGAACCCUAUGACUUUAUAAUGGGUAGCAACCUCAUCCCAGACUCAUGUCAGGUUGGUGAGACAACUGAAGCUCCGUCAUCAGGAGAGUUUGAAUUGAGCUGGGACAGUGGAGACGUAUCACCACCUUACGUUUGGAGUUUUUCAGAGUUUCUUGAUCAGUAUAAUGAGUUAUAUGAGUGGCUUAUUCAAGUUCAGCUGAAGCUAUAUUCACAUUCAAAUCCACCAGACAAAGCAGCAAGGAUGGCCCAGCAGGAGGAGUUGCGUCGUCGCACAUACCGGAGAAAAUUAUUUGUGGAGCAAGGUGAACGCGUGGCCCAGAGAUACCCAGGCUCGGCGGAGGAAAUUAGCUGGAGGGUGAACUACCUUAACAACAAGUGGGAUCAGUUGGAAAGCUCCUUGACUCCUGCUAAGGGUCGGAAUCAAGAAGUAGAGGUUGAGUUAGACCUGGCACAUGAAGAAGGUAUUCUCCGGCGUUGGUUGAGUGACAUGGAAGACCAGAUCCAGCCCCUGACUUGCCGUCUGCCUCGUGGUUGUUCUCUUCUUACUCUUCAGGACCGUUACAAGGAUAAUCAGGUAUGUGUGUGUGUGUGGCUUAACGGGGGAGAUGCUGAGGAGGAAAUGCUGAUCCUGCUAAAAGACAUCGAGGCCCAUGGACCAGUGUUAAAGAGCGUCCUUCGGCAGUACGAACGUAUAGCCGCAGCAGCCGCCGCCACAGCACCCCCAGCUGCCGCAGACUGUGAGACCGCUGACACCCAGGACUCCGCCACCACCUCCAGACAACCGCAGCUUCGUCCACCUCGUCGGGGUACCAAGGACAACAUCCCCCGCAAGGCUCGCUCCCUGGAGAAGCACUGGCACCAGAUCUACCUGCGCUCCCUCGAGUGGCACUACUACCUGGAAGGCGUCAUCUCCAACUUCAAGGAUUCGCGCAGUUCGUCAAGCAGCGAGUCGGAGGAUGAACCGGUGAACAAACUCCGUCGACUGUCUACAUCGUCGACGUCGUGUGGGUCGUCGUGUGGCUCACCCUGCCCCUCCCCAGGCCCUCGUGCCCACCGUACCCGUCGCAACAGGCCGCUACGCUGGUCAGCCUACGAUUCCAGCCUGUCGGAAGCGGGAUCUUACAUUGAGCCCGCACACGCCGACUCAUGCAGCCGCCACGCUCAUGAGACCAAGGAUGACUAUGUAUGUGUAAGCGGAGGCAGCGAGUGUGGUGCGGCACCUGCCCAGCCCCAACCUGAACCAAUGGUGGUCGAGCCUGAGGAGGAGUCCCAAGCCGCCACAUCCAGCACGGCGUCCCUAGACUCUGGUACUCUCGACGUGGCCGCCAGCAGCAGCAGCAGCUCGGCUUCGGGGCAGCAGGAUCACGUCAUGGUGGGCAGUGCCGGGCUGGACACAGUGCGUGCUCGCUGUGGUCAACUUCCUCCAGAAGACAUUCUGGCAGACGUCACUAUGAUCCACGACACCGCCAAGUCUUCCACCAUCACCGCCGCCACCGUUACCACCACCACUUCGCCCGGAGAUAUGGAGAACGUGAAUCAAGUGAACGGCAACAGCGUAGUGUCUCCUGCCAGCACGGAGGACUCUGGUCUUAACAUGAGCUCCUCUUUAACCGAGGUGUCUAUCAGCAGCGAGGUGAGGGACUCCCCCUCUAAGACGAGCUGUACCAACGUGGAGCGGCCCUCGCCCAACUGUGCCGUCUUUGAUUUUAAACACCAGGACACAGACACUGAAGAAGCCGCUACCAACACCACAACUAGUACCGCCACCGCCGCCUGCCAAGCCAACCUUAAUCUGGUGGACUGCGACCCCUCCAGGAACCGCGUGUACCAGAUCCGUCGACGAGCCAUCAGCACCGUGCGUCGUGUGUGUACCCGCACCAGGCUGGACUUCAGUGGUGACGAAGAAGUGGACCACGAGGCUCUCCAGAGGAUCAUAGAUACAGCCGUGCCGGAUGACCUCGAUUGGCUGAAUUCGAACAUGCCGAGUGAUAUAGAUUUUAGUGGCGGCGAAGAGGAGGAAGUGGUGGCCCAGGAACACAUGGACACUGGCAGUGAUGGUGGCACUCCAGGGCAGCAGCAGCAGCAGCAGCAGGAACACCCCGAGACUCAGCGAGCCAUGAGUAAAGAGUCGCUCACCAGAUUGUUCAGUGACGCAGAGCGCCUGGUACGGGAGCCGGCAGAGGGUGACGAACCACCCCCCAUAGUCUCUCCGCGACCACAUCUCCAGCUGCCAUUGAAGGGAAUCUCGGGAUACGGUGGGGUGAGCAGUAAGCAGAACCGCGUGAAGCAAUGGAUUGCUUCUCAGCGGCGUGAAGUGCGUCUCUCAGCCACCUGUGUCCUGGACUCCUGCGAUGCCUCGGGGGAGCUGACCACCGGGGAGAGUGACAUUGAGUCUGCCUCAUCUGACGACAUGGACGCCUCCACUGCUACCCAACAAGCCACUUCUACCAAGGGGUCCAUGCGGGGGUCUCAGAAGGGCUCCCUGAGGGGCUCACGCGACCCACUGCCCUCCACCGACAACACCCCUACCACGGAGCGCCUCCCCAACAUCCCCAGCACUACAGACGCUGCACAGGGCAAGGUGGUCCUGCGUAACCGGAAGCGGCGCUCGGGCGAGCAGCGACCGUGGAGUGUGAAUGAGCCGUACCAACUGGCAACCCACCUCGACCUGGCUCCUUUCUCGGUGUCGGAAACUGACCUCCACAACUUGCUCACUGCCACCCCAGAGACACCGACCAAUGAUAACCAAGCCUUUGGUAAUGGCGCCGGAAGCAGCGCCACCCUGGCAGACUGCAGCACACCUACCACCACCACCACCACCACCACCAACCCCACCACCAACCCCACCACUACCACCAACCCCACCACUACCACCAACCCCACCACUGUCAGUUCCCCCAUCACUGCCAACCACACCAACAUCUCCCACUCCACCACUAUCACCACCUCCAUCGCUGGGCGCGUCUCUCCCGCUACUACAGGAACAGGCUCACUCAGGAGGAGGAAAACAAGAGCCCGUAGGAAGUCCAACCUCUCCUUGGGACGACGAACGGAUUCUGGUUCGGAGGGAAUCACGCUCAAUUUAUCAGGUGGCUCAGACAAUAUCCACCUGUCACCCAGUCGUCGUCUCUCCCUAUCUAAGUCACACUCUUCGGGUUCAGACACGACCUCACACUCCAGGAGACACAUCGUCAAGAGUUCGUCCUUCUCUGGAGCAUGUCGCGGUGGGUCUGGCGGGAUGACCUCCUCCACCGAGAAGUGUGUGUCAGACUGUGGAGGUGUGCUGGGAGUACCUCGCACUCCUCCACACGCCCGCGGUGAGAACUGCUACUCCAGCGACGAAUCACGCCCGCCCAGUCCCGUGCCGGUGAUCCGAGAACUGAUCCCCAACCAGAGUCCCGCCCAUGCCGCCCGCAGCACCGCCCUCAUGAGUGACCAGGACGGCCAGAACACACACGAAGACAUGAGUUCUCUGUCAGAGCAAGCGUGGGACCCCUACCAGGAGCACAAGUACCUUAGUGAGCCGUACUCUGAGGACAUAGACCAGGAAGCUGCACGUCGACUGUUGGACUUUGGGGACGAUUACCGCAAGUACAUCGACUCCGACGGUGCGUCCUCCUUCUCCGGCGUCCCUCACAGGGGUCGCCGCUCACCCCACCACCGCCGUCUUCGCUCCUUGGCGCCUCCAGGACCACGCGACCUGGACUCUGACUCCGACUUGGACGACCUGCAUCAUUUGAUUGACGAGUCCAGGUCACAGCUCACAGUGACAGAGAACGUCUUCAAGAAGUACCCUAAGGAGGCUGCUCCUGAGUUAGAUUACACGGAGCUGGUGGCCACAACGCAGACCAACAUCAAGUGCCUGGCGCUGAUCGUGCGGCACCUACAGAUGGAAGGCACGCUGGAACCCGAGCUACAGGAGGUCCAGAGCUGGGCCUCCACAUCAGAUGACUCCCCCGCCCCCCUGGAGUCCGGGUCGUCCCUGCCCCUCCCAGGAACCCAAUCUGCUAGGAAGGUGCCCAAGGUUACUAGGCUACUAAGGGAAACUCAAGGUAUCGUGCAGCGAUGGGAGGUGCUGCAAGCCCAGGCUGUGGAGCGUCAGCGGCAGACUGGCCAAAUCCGAGAACUACAGCGACAGGUGAAGACACUACGUCAGACCCUCGAGACCCUCACAGAUCGAGCCAACGAGCUGACUCAGGCAGAUGACAUCGACAACCACCAGCAGCUCACCCGCAAGCUGCAGGAGGCUAAAGCCCUGCAGCAGGAGGUGUUGGCACGGAAGAUAGAGGUUUCGAGCAUCAACCUGGCAGUUCACAGGUACCUCACAGAGACAGGCUACUCCCUGGCGCCCCUCAAGGAUGACGUCGCAGACCUCUUCAGGAUCUGGGACGAAGCUGACAGACGGAUGAGUAGCGAGGUGUCCCGACUGGAGGGCGUGGAAGCCACCUGGAAGCUGUGGGAGACUCAGGCAGAGGAACUAACCAAGGCUUUGAGGCAGGAUGAGGAUACCUUGAAGGUCUUGGAUGCAGCCAUACAGACGGGGUCGCUGACUGACAAUGUGACAGCCUCUGUACAGGGCGUGGCACGGCUACUUAAUGACAGACGUAAGACCCAGCCAGGCAAGAGGCUGCUGCUACAACACACCAAGGCACAGGGUGUUGACAUUCAGGGGUCAACUCUGUCAUUGGGAACCUCUGGUGAUGAGUGCCUCAGUGACUCGGGAACCUCUGGCUACGAGUCUUGUUCUUCUGAAGAGCUGAGUGAACGCGAGCGUCGCCUGGCACACCUAAGGAGAUUAGCCAGGGACCUAGAGGCCUCCUUACACCCCAAUUCUCAAGCCUGGGCCGCCAUCUGUAAAACACUGUCUAGUGCGGAGACUGAGUUGAAGGGACUACAGAAGCACUGCCGAGAGCUGGUGGUCAGAUCUGCCGAGACCCUCGACCAAGCCAAGCCAUCACCACAGCUUAGGAGACGCAGUUGGACUAAGGAUUCAAAAGUUGGGAGGACUUCCCGCCGUGGCAACAACAUUGGUGGAGUGAGUGGGCGUCGCGGGUGGAUGUGGAGAGUGGUGCGGGCAGCACUACCGUUCCAGGCAGCCUUGCUGCUGCUAUUCUGCGUAGCAUGCUUGCUGGAACCGAAUUGUUGCGACCACGUCAACACUCUUAACUUGUCCCUGAGUCCCCAGCUACGUUAUGUGCAUGGCCCUCCGCCAAUCUGAAGCCCCGUCGUUAAGUUGUGUAUAUUUGUUCUUCUGCCCGAGGUCAUUCUCCGGUGUAAAUAGCCCGCCACAUGUACAUACCAUGGCCUGGUGUACAUAUAUGGCAAGCUACACGUAUCCUGGUUUGAUUUGAUGCCGCGUACAUAUCAUGCGAAGUCGUACACAUGUACGUUUCCUGGUACGUAGUGUGCCCAGGUGUACACUGAGCCGGUGGGGUGAAUCAGCCUGGCCAGGUGUGGUGGCUGUGUCCAGGACAGGACCGGUUGAAGCCCUGCUGUGCAGGACGUGAUGCCAGCCCUCCAUGCCUUUGGGGGAGUGGCAUGCGUCCUGCACACGCGCGCCCACACACUCAUCUUACCACGUCAGGUUUCAUAUUUUUCUACCAACAUAAUAUAUAACGAUAAUGUGUGAAUGAAAUGACUGAUGAGUUUGGGGUAAAUUAUCAGUGUUAGAUAGGCGUGAUAUUAUUGUGUGUGAUAUACUAUGCCCAGAAACACUGGGUUGGAAGUAUUAAAUGAAGCAGUGUGAAUAUUUUACCCAGUGUCCUGUAAAUUUAUUUAUUUGAAAAUAAAAGAAAAUAAACCGAUAAGAUUUUGAGACUUUCUAAGCAAGCACAUAAAUGACACCAAUGGUUUUAUCCAUAACUUUUAUCAUUAGACAGAGACGAGUUCAUGAGACCGUCAGUCAUGCUCUCUGAGUAUAAAGACUAACCUCGUACUGAUGAUGACAAACAGCCCGGGUUUCAGGCGACGGUUGUGGCUUUCAACCCUCAUCGUCUUUGCUGUAGCCCGGGUAGUGCAUGUGGGCCCAGUCCAUGGUUAUUGACACUAAUGGCUGAAUUGGUUAGUGCUGCGAACUGCAAUACUUGUCUGACCAAGACAGGUUGCCCGGCAGUGCAUGUGGAUCCCGUCCAUGUUUACUGACACUCACUGUAAGGGCUCAUGUGGUCAGUGCUGCAAACUGUAAAUUGUCUGACCAAGACCAGAGGCCUGCAGUGCAUGUGGGCCCCCAUCCGUGGCUACUGACACUCACUAAAGAGCUCAAGUGGUUAGUGUCGCGAAGUGCAUGUUGUCUGACAAAGACCGGUGGUCCACACAGUGCAUAUGGGCACCUUCCAUGGCUACUGACAUCCACUACAAGAGCUGAAGUGUUUAGUGCCGCAAAGUGCAUGUUGUCUGACCAAGACCGGUGGUCCACACAGUGCAUGUGGGCACCUUCCAUGGCUACUGACAUUCACUACAAGAGCUAAAGUGGUUAGUGCCACGAAUCCAUGUUGUCUGACAAAGACUGGUGGCCUGCAUAGUGCAUGUGGGCCCCAUCUAUGGUUAUUGACACUCCCUAUAAGAGCUCAAGUGGUUAGUGCCACCAAUUGCAAUAGUUCUGACCAAGACUAGUGGCCCCUGCUCCCAUUUCAUAAAUGUGACCGUUUGGUAAAGUUUAACCUUAAAAGGUUUAAACUCACAAAAUUUAUCACCAAUACAAGAUAUCAAGACAAGAACGGCCAUUUGGACGUUUUCUUAUUUUUUUUCCUCGUCUGGGCAACGUCAUCUGACAAUCCCAGUGACGCUGACCGUGCGCCGCAAGCCUCCCAGUCAUUCCCUGACAACUGUCCUGCGUCCCAGUCCCCACUAGUUGGCGGCGAACACAAAUGACAAAAUCGUCGGAAUUUGGGAAUCUGCAUACGACGCUAUUGGUUUCCUGUAGUACUGACGAAAAUUAGCAUAGAUGCUAGUGAUGUCUUACAGUCAGGUUGACCCACGGUCUUGAACAAAGUGCAUAUCACCCAUUAAACUUAAUAUAAGGCAUGUAACACCCUAGUGUAGGCUUGACUAUUCAGCUCCCGCUCUUGUAACAACAAUACAUGGGGUGGGAUUCUUCAUGACCAGAGAAAAUGAGCGUGUUAAGGAAGUCUGGCUUGUAAUAAUUAAAAGUUGAGUCACGCCUGUGGUUAACAUGUAAGAAUCCUGUCUCGCCUCGGUACAUCGUAGCCUUAAGGUCACUGCCUCCUCGAGCAACAGGGGAAGGGCAGCAUCAAAUAAAAAUCCAUCAUUUGUCUCGGUUGCACAUCUAAAACACUGAAAUAAAUCCUAAUUGUAAUAACAUUGAAAAUAAUUGCCAUUCUCCCUGUUUCUCGGUCAACAAAGUAGUUUUCGAGGGUGUUAAGUAAUACAGGCGGACAGUGCGUAUGGGACACGGUAGGUCAAGGUUUUUUUUAACAAUAGAAACAUGUCCACCAACUGUGGGAUAGACAUGUUUUUAUGGGUAUUUAUAGGCAAACUUAACUUUAUUCACACUGCAUUUUUAUUCUAUUCAAACAUACCUUUUAUUUAACCAGAAUGGGAUAUUUUUUAUUUUUCUUAUGGUGCUAAUGAAAGAAAAUUAACUGUUCUAUUCAUUUUACAGCGUCUGAAUACAUUUUACGUAGUAAUCAUGCCAAAGUCUUGAAGUAUGAUAAUUUUUAUAAGAAUUUAAUGAUUUUACUUAAAUACGCAAAAGAAAUUUAUAAUUUAUUUUAUAUGAAAUUUUGUAAGUUACUUCAUUGAUAGAAAAUUUUGGGGUGAACUAAAUUCCUAUUUGUUCACUAAACGUAGGAUGUAUGGGUGGGUUGUAGUACCUUAGUAGUUUAAGGCUUGGGAGAAAGAAGCUGCUGUUAUACUGUUCAGUCUCAAAUUCUCUAGCCACAGUCAUUGUUCCUAAAUGUUGAAUGUGCUCCUUUAUAUGCUAUAGGAACUAGGGUGUCCACCUCGGAAUUGGUGAGUGGGGAUUACAACACCGCCACGGCAGGAAGGAAGUGUUUUCCGUUAUUUUAGCACGGAAGAUUCAGCCUCACAACUGUGGCCAUUUAACAUGUACUGUACUGCCCUCACUCACUGUAGAUUGAUGGGUCUUUAACGAUGCCAAAGGAAACCAGACUUUGCCAGUCAUUUUCCUGUCAUAUGUGAUUGCAUCAUCAAUUGUGAGAAUUCGGGAUAAUUUUUCUUUCUACCAAAUUGAUUCAGAUUUCUUUAACAUUAUCGUAUUUUUGAGCUUUAAGGAGAAAUAUAAUGACUUGACUAUUAAUGUUAAUUUAAAUGUGGUGAUUUGGCAAAGUCUGGAACAAAGCUGACAAUAACAAGUUAUUAUCCAGGUGGUUCCUGAUUCCUGCUGCUGCUAAUCCUGCUGCUGGCUUGUUUACCAUCUUUUCAAAGAGUUGGUAACGGGCCAAUCUGUCGUCACGGUUGUAACAUUAGCCAGGGGAGGAUAUUCUGGAGAAUCUUGAGUCUAAAAUCUCGUCAUGUGUGUGUUUCACAUAUUACUUAAUGCCACGAGCCGCAGACAGUGACAUCUUGAUUGACACCCUACAAAAUACUUCACUAAAAUAAUUUUAGUUGGUAACUUAAUUCAGUUUACUCUGAGCCACCUUCCUUACUUUUCUUAUACGUGCAGGCUAUCAAGUGACGGGAGACCGUUGGGAAGUGUAAAAUCUCAAAAUAAUAAUAAUAAUAGAUUUAUUGUUUUAUCUUGUAGCUUUACCUGAAUCCCCCUUUCCCCCCUACCCCCCAAUAAUCACACACACACACUAAACAGUACGAGUUUAUCUCCAGGUGCUCCAAGAAAUCCUCCCGACGGUUUACAGUACAAAAAACCACAAUAUGUUUUUUAAGUGCCUUAGUGUCGUUGUCUCAUAGCUGUGUAUAGUAACGACAGGUUUGUGCCCAACCCCGCCAAUUAACGCUGGCGACAAUAAUAUCUGCACACGUGGGUUUGCCACAACUCAACUCUCCAAGGGGAGUUUUUUUUCAUAUUUAAAGGGAAGGAUUGUCCUUGAAGAAGAUGGUGUGGCUAUACCUGUGAUGAUGUGUCCAGGAUAAUAAGCUUUGUUCAGCGCUGCUCGAUUCGGCUUUAGCUUUGAUCUGUUUGAGUGUGUCAUCCAACCUAAAAGUGUUGAUUUUUUUAUUUCAGUGUUUUAUUAUAAUUUGUAUUCUAUGAAUAUAUACAAACACAGAACAUCAGAUUCUUUCUCCUGUAUUUUAAAUAAUAAAAUUAAAUAAACACAA